AUGCCGCCCUCAAAUUCCAGUCUUUAUCCUCAGCCUACAUCAGCAACUGGGGGGCCCAUGACUCCACUGACUCCUGCCACACCGGCAUCGGAAGGAUCUGGAAUUACACCCCAACUACAGAACAUCGUUUGCACAGUAAACCUCAGUUGUAAAUUAGACCUAAAAAAAAUUGCUCUUCAUGCUCGAAAUGCUGAAUACAACCCCAAACGAUUUGCUGCUGUGAUUAUGAGGAUACGAGACCCUCGGACAACAGCCCUGAUAUUCAGCUCUGGAAAAAUGGUGUGUACGGGGGCUAAAAGUGAAGAAAUGGCUAAAUUAGCAGCAAGGAAAUAUGCCAGAAUUGUUCAAAAGUUAGGAUUUCCUGCCAAAUUUCUUGAUUUCAAAAUACAGAACAUGGUUGGCAGCUGUGAUGUAAAGUUUCCAAUUCGAUUAGAAGGCCUUGUCUUAACACAUCAACAGUUCUCAAGUUAUGAACCUGAAUUAUUUCCCGGUCUCAUAUAUCGAAUGGUGAAGCCUCGAAUUGUGUUGCUAAUAUUCGUCUCUGGCAAAGUCGUUCUUACAGGUAUGUUGUCUACCCAUUUUCUCACUCUAUAG